ACGCCACUUCACUACGCAGCCCUAGACGGCGUGUCCGAGAUUGCCAAACUCUUGCUUGACCAUGGGGCAGAGGUUAACGCACGCGAUGCAGAAGAUGAAACACCUCUGCAUGUCGCGGCGAGAAGCGGAAAACUUGAAAUUGUCAACAUCCUCCUUGCGCGCGGCGCAAAUCCAAAUGCUUACUCUCAAGAUGGCCGAACACCCAUGGCCUUGGCCACUCUU